AUGUCUGACCAGCCCCGCGGUCGUGGCGGUCGGGGUCGAGGUACUCGAGGCGGAGACUUUGGGGACCGCGGAGGUGGUCGCGGUGGUGGUGGUCGGGGACGGGGACGCGGUGAUUCUCAAGAGUUGCCCUUCCGUCCUUCUGAGCGUGGUGGCCGUGGUGAUCACCGUGGCGACUUCCGUGGUGACUUCCGGGGUGGUCGUGGUGGUGAUCGAGGCCGUGGUGGUGAUCGAGGCCGUGGUGGUGAUCGAGGCCGUGGUGGUGAUCGAGGCCGUGGUGGUGAUCGAGGCCGUGGUGGUGAUCGGGGUCGCGGUGGUGAUCGAGGCCGUGGCCGUGGUGGGUUUGGAGGUUCCCAGGGCCCUCGAAUCUUCAAUGAGGGCAAUGCGGUGACUCCGCCAGAUGCCACUGUCAUCAAAACAGAAGACGCCUUGGCCAAGGCGCUCGUUGGUAACUACCAGAAGAAGGGCAAGAACUUGGCGCAGGCCUAUCCCGAUCGGCCAGGUUACGGCACGUUGGGACGACCGGUGACCCUCUAUGCUAAUUACCUGCCGUUCACCUCGGUGGGCAAGCCGAUCUAUCGCUACCACGUCUCCAUUGCUGCGGAAGGUGGCAAAGAGCCGGCGGGUCGAAAAGCGCGCCGAAUUGUGCGUCUGUUACUGGAGGAGCAUUUUCCGGAUAACCUGAACAGCAUUGCCACGGACUAUCGAUCGACUCUCAUUUCGGUGUCAAAGUUGAAGGACGGCAUCUUUGACGUACGAUACAAAGAUGAGAGUGAUGUGGAGUAUCCCGAAUCUCCCAAGGUGUUCAAGGUCACGACUCAGCAUACCGGAGACAUCAAUCCCGCCGACUUGAUCAAUUACCUCACUUCGACCAACGCUGGGGAACUGUUGACCUCAAAGCCCGAAAUCAUCCAAGCUCUCAACUUGAUCUUGGGACAUCAUCCCAAGACGAACCGGGAAGUGGUCUCCAUUGCGGGUAAUAGACAUUACAGCUUCCAAGAGAACGUCAAGGAAAGUGCCAGUCUUGAGGGAGGACUCGAGGUUCUUCGUGGAUUCUUUGUGAGUGUUCGAGCUGCCACGGCGCGCGUGCUGCUGAACGUUCAGGUCAAGUACCUGGCUUGCUAUGAAGCGGGUCCCCUGGCCAAAGUCAUCGGAGAUUGGCAAUACAGUAACCGAGGCCAAAAGCACUACCGACUAGAGGCUUUCCUGAAGCGGAUGCGUGUGUGUAUCACCCACAUCAAGCGCAAAGACAAAAAUGGCAAGCCGAGACCCGCUCGCGUCAAGACCAUCUCGGGUUUUGCGACCCCCCAGGAUGGUGGCUCCGAUCUCAAUAGGCCAAAGGUGGAGGGCUUUGGAGCUGGGCCCCAUGGCGUGAAGUUUUUCCUCGAGGCACCCGGCUCGCAAUCUUUGCAGUCCAGUAGUAAAGAGGCAGGUGGGAAGGGCAAGAAGGGCAAGAAGGCCCCUCCCAAGGCUGGUCCAGCGCCUGCCGGCCAGUUCGUGAGCGUCGCCGAUUUCUUUAAGAAGGAAUACAAUAUCACGGUCAACCCUGAGCUUCCAGUCGUCAACGUCGGAACUCGAGAUAAGCCUGUCUACCUACCCGCAGAAGUCUGCGAGGUAGAGGCUGGACAACCAGUCAAGAACAAGCUUUCUCCACGCCAAACACAGAACAUGUUGAACUUUGCAGUCAAGGGCCGCAUGCCAGCACAAAAUGCCCAGUCUAUCGUCACCAAAGGUGUUGGUGUUUUGGGAAUGGGCCAACCGCUGAAUGCCACUUUGGAAUCCUUUGGUAUCAAAGUGGGCAACACUCUCGUUACAAUACAGGGACGCGUGCUGCCACCACCGAAGAUCAUGUACGCCAAGCAACAAGAGCUUCAGGCCAAAUUUGGAAGUUGGAACAUGCAGUCAAUUCAAUUCUGCAAGCCGGCGACUUUGAAGAGUUGGACAUGGCUUUUAAUUGACGCUCCAUACAGUAAACACGGGCUUGACCCGCAGUCCUUGGACCGAGGGAUGCAAAACUUUGCUCAGACCCUCCGGGACAUGGGUGUUGUCGCGGAGAAAUGCAAGCCAGGUAGGAGAAUUGAAUUGCCUCGCAACGGUGACAUUGCGGUAGCGAUUGAAAAAGCCGUGCGUGAGCUACAAUCACAGCACAACCCUCAAUUGAUCUUGGGCAUUCUAUUCGCCAAGGAAACCCAGGUCUACAACACAAUGAAGCAGGUCUGCGAUGUCCGCUGCGGCGUGCGCAAUGUCAAUGUGCUGGCUGAGAAGGUUCGAGGUGCUAACGCGCAAUACUGGGCCAAUGUGGGACUCAAGAUCAACCUGAAGAUGGGAGGCGCGAACCAGACGCUGCGGAACUCGGACCUUGGCUUCUUCGCUGAUGGCAAGACAAUGCUCGUGGGUCUUGACGUGACUCACCCUUCGCCUGGCUCUGCCAAUACGGCACCCAGUGUGGUUGGAAUCGUUGCCUCAAUCGACUCACAGCUGGCACAGUGGCCGGCCGAUAUUCGCAUUCAGCCGGCACGUCAGGAGAUUGUAUCUGAUCUGGACACCUUGCUUCAAUCCCGGAUCAAGCUCUGGGCCAACAACAACCGAGGCAAGCUGCCGGAGAACAUUGUCGUCUAUCGUGAUGGUGUGUCUGAGGGCCAGUACGAUAUUGUCAUCGACAAGGAACUGCCCCUGCUGAAACGAGCGUGUGAGACCAUGUAUCCUGCUUCGGACACAAAAAAGGGCCUGCCUCGUCUGGCAAUCGUCAUUGUCGGCAAACGCCACAAUACUCGUUUCUACCCCACAAACGACAAAGACGCCGAGCGCUCGGCAAACCCUCAGCCCGGUACUGUGGUCGACCGUGGCAUCUCUGAAGCUCGCCACUGGGAUUUCUACCUGCAGGCCCAUUCAGCGUUGCAAGGCACGGCUCGCCCUGCCCAUUACUUCACCGUCUGGGACGAGAUCUUUUAUCCGCUGCACCCUGGCGUUGGACAGGGCGGUGCCGCUGAUAAGCUUCAAGACCUGACUCACAAGAUGUGCUAUCUCUUUGGACGUGCCACCAAAGCUGUCAGUGUUUGCCCGCCUGCGUACUAUGCUGAUCUGGUCUGCACCCGUGCGCGCUGUUUUCUGAGCGAUCACUUCGACCCCACUCCUUCUGCUACCCCAGCGGGUAGUGUAGUCGGAGGUGAUGACGGUAGUCGCGUACCUGAGGAGAGCCAGGCAACCAUCCAUGCGAGUCUCAAGGACACCAUGUUCUACAUUUAG